AUGGAUGAGCUAUUUGACGUUUUUGAGGAAAACGGCCAGGUGCCACCUGCCACAGCUCUCACCAAAGCACAAAGAAAGCGGUUGAAGAGACAGGCUAACGGCGAAGUGAAAGAUCCCGAUGCCGAAGAAGUAACUGCUCCCUCUAGUGACGGGAGCGCCUCGGUUUCGGAAGAUGUUGACAAGGAAAUGACGGAUGGGGAUGCGCCGGAUACCAAACGAAUGCGCAUGGAAGAGGAACCAGAGCCUGUCGUCACCGAUACUUUCGAGACCGAACAAUCCAGAGAAGUUGCCGCAUCUGCUGGCUUGCUCCCAGGCAAAGAAGAAGAGAAGGUUAUCCUGUCACACCAAGUUCGUCACCAAGUUGCCUUGCCACCUGACUAUGACUACGUACCCAUCUCAGAGCACAAACCGCCGGCAGAACCCGCUCGGACGUGGAAAUUCCAGCUUGAUCCCUUUCAACAAGUCUCCAUUGCCUCAAUUGAACGAAAUGAGAGCGUCCUCGUCUCCGCUCAUACUAGCGCAGGCAAAACCGUUGUGGCCGAAUAUGCAAUUGCUCAGUGUCUCAAGAACAACCAACGAGUCAUUUACACUAGUCCAAUCAAGGCGCUCAGCAACCAGAAAUAUCGAGAGUUUCAAGCCGACUUUGGUGACGUUGGUCUCAUGACUGGCGAUGUCACAAUCAACCCUACAGCCACCUGCCUAGUUAUGACUACCGAGAUUCUGCGCUCAAUGCUCUAUCGCGGGUCCGAGAUCAUGCGAGAAGUGGGAUGGGUGAUUUUUGACGAGAUUCAUUACCUGCGUGACAAGGUCCGAGGCGUUGUGUGGGAAGAGACGAUCAUUCUACUACCGGACAAAGUUCGCUAUGUGUUCUUGUCAGCCACCAUUCCGAACGCAAUGCAGUUUGCUGAAUGGAUCACAAAGACCCAUAACCAACCAUGUCACGUUGUCUACACAGAUUUCAGACCAACCCCCUUGCAACACUACUUCUUUCCUGCUGGUGCCGACGGGAUUCACUUGAUAGUGGACGAAAAGGGUGUCUUCAGAGAAGAAAACUUCCAAAAAGCCAUGAGUUCCAUUGCCGACAAACAAGGUGACGAUCCUUCAAAUGCCUUGGCCCGUAGGAAGGGCAAAGGAAGGGACAAGAAGUUGAAUAAAGGAGGCACUAGAGGUCCCUCUGAUAUCUACAAAAUUGUCCGAAUGAUCAUGACCAAGAACUACAACCCAGUCAUUGUUUUCAGCUUCAGCAAAAGAGAUUGCGAGGCCUAUGCUAUUCAAAUGAGCAGCAUGUCCUUCAAUGAAGAAUCGGAGAAGGCCAUGGUCUCGAAAGUGUUUGAUAGCGCUUUGGAAAUGCUCUCACCCGAGGACAAGAAUUUGCCACAAAUCCAACACUUAUUGCCACUUUUGAGACGAGGAAUCGGCAUCCAUCACUCCGGCUUGUUGCCAAUCCUCAAGGAGACCAUCGAGAUUCUGUUCCAAGAGGGCCUGAUCAAGGUUCUGUUCGCAACUGAGACGUUCUCUAUCGGACUCAACAUGCCGGCUAAGACUGUCGUCUUUACCAGUGUUCGCAAAUUUGAUGGUAUCUCGCAAAGAUGGAUUACGCCCUCUGAAUUCAUCCAAAUGUCUGGCCGCGCUGGACGUCGUGGACUCGACGAACGAGGGAUUGUUAUAAUGAUGAUCAACGAGCAGAUGGAACCCGGCGUUGCCAAGGACAUUGUCCGUGGCGAGCAGGAUAAAUUGAACUCUGCCUUUUAUCUUGGUUACAACAUGAUUCUGAAUCUGCUCCGAGUUGAAGGCAUUUCUCCUGAGUUUAUGCUUGAGAGGUGCUUUCAUCAGUUCCAAAAUACUGCCAGUGUGUCCGGCCUUGAGAAAGAAUUGCAGCAACUGGAAGCAGAUAAGUCAGCGAUGGUCAUCGAAGACGAAAGCGCAAUUCGAGCCUACUACGAGCUUAGGAAACAGCUUGAUGUCUAUGCCGAGGACAUGCGCAUGGUGAUUAUCCACCCCAACUACUGUCUGCCUUUCAUGCAGCCGGGUCGUCUGGUGGAGAUCAAAGAUGGAGAGCAUGAUUUUGGCUGGGGAGCCGUCUUGAACUUUACAAAGAGAAGCCAAAGCAAAUCAGUGGAGAAUUUGAUACCUCAGGAGGAGUGGAUCCUCGACAUUGCGUUGGAGGUUGCUGAAGGACCUGCCCCUGCGACCAAGACUUUCCAGUCUCUUCCCCAUGGAAUUCGUCCUCCUCAACCUGGUGAGAAGUCCAAAGUCGAAGUCGUCCCGGUCUCGCUCAAGUGCGUUCAAAAGAUCUCUCAUAUCCGCAUAUUCCCCCCUGCCGACAUGACAAUCUCCGAGGAGAAAAAGAAAGUGCAGCAAGCAUUAGCCGAAGUGAAGAGACGGUUCCCUGACGGUUUGGCUGUGCUGGAUCCGAUUGAGAACAUGAAGAUAACAGAUAACUCGUUCAAGGAUCUACUUCGCAAGAUCGAGAUCAUGGAGUCGAGGUUGGUGGCCAAUCCACUGCACCACUCUCCUCGCCUGGAAGGCCUUUACAACCAGUACGCGGCCAAGGUGAAUCUCACCAAUAAGAUCCGAAAUCUGAAGAAGCAAAUCCAAGAUGCACAUGCCAUUAUGCAGCUGGAAGAGUUGAAGUGCCGGAAGCGAGUUCUCCGCCGACUGCAGUUCAUCAACGAGGAUGAAGUGGUCCAACUCAAGGCCCGUGUCGCGUGUGAGAUCAGCACUGGCGAUGAAUUGAUGCUUAGUGAGCUCCUCUUCAACCGAUUCUUCAACGACUUGAACCCAGAGCAAUGUGCAGCAGUCAUGAGCUGCUUUGUCUUUGAAGAAAAGGUCAAUGAGACCCCUAAUUUACCCGAGGAUCUUGCGAAGCCUUUGCGUGAGAUACAAAGACAAGCCAGACACAUUGCCAAGGUGUCGGUGGAGUCGAAGUUGGCUAUGAACGAGGAAGAGUACGUCCAAGGGUUCAAAUGGCAGCUGAUGCCGGUCAUCUACGCGUGGGCAACUGGGAAAUCAUUCGGAGAGAUUUGCAAAAUGACCGAUGUGUACGAAGGUAGCUUGAUCCGUACUUUUCGCCGACUCGAAGAAGCAUUGCGUCAGAUGGCAGAGGCCUCGAAAGUCAUGGGGAGCGAAGAGUUGGAGAAGAAGUUCGAGGAGGCGUUGAACAAGGUAAGGCGAGAUAUCGUGGCUGCUCAGUCACUUUAUCUCUAG